UGAUGACCUCGAAAUCAACAUGGCGCCCAGUAGAGGCAUCACCAGUGUCGCCAUGAUGGCCACCUCGUCAUCAUUGCGCUAUCAGACAUGUUCACUUCGCCCUCUCUCAUUCCUCCGCAGCGAAUGGAUCACCGCAUCAAGCAGCCGCACCUUCAUCACCACCUCGCCCUAUCAAUCAGGCCACAACCGCUGGAGCAAAAUCAAGCACGACAAGCAAAAAGUCGACGCAGCCAAGAACCGGCAGCGCUCGCUCUUCGCGCACGAAAUCGCCCACGCCUCCAAAUACUACGGCGCAGACCCGAACUCCAAUCCCCGCCUCGCCGACAUCAUCACCAAAGCGAAGCGCGAAGGCUUCGCCAAAGCCUCCAUCGAAGCGGCGAUUGCGCGCGGCCAAGGCAAGAGCACGAGCGGGCAGAAGCUGGAGAAUGUGACGAUUGAAGGCAUCCUGCCGGGCAACAUUGGGGUGGUGAUUGAGUGCGAGACGGAUAGCAAGGCGCGGACGAUGAUGGAGUUGAGACAUGUGCUGAAGGAUGCAGGCGGGACGGCGACGCCGAGUGCGUAUUUGUUUGAGAAGAAGGGGAAGCUGGUGUUUGAGGGGGCGCCGGGCAAGGGGCUGGAGCAGGUGAUGGAUGUUGCUCUCGAUGCUGGGGUCGAGGACAUUGAAGAGGCGGAGGAUGGGGAGAUUACGCUGCUUUGCGAGCCGAGCGAUACCAAUGCUGUCUCUCAGGCCAUCACGAAUGCCUUUGGGCUCGAGAUGAAGUCGUCUGAGAUUUCCUGGAUUCCCAUCAAAGAGACGGCGGUGGAGGUGACGGAUGCCGCAACGGUGGAAGGACUCGAUGCAUUCAUGGAGGUUGUGCAGGAAAAGGAGUCGAGCGCUACCGUAGCGAUGAACAUUGCGUGAUGUAUGCACGUAGAGGUGGCGUACACG